GGCCCGGGAGGGGGCGGGGCCGGCAGGUGCCUUCAUGAAUAACUUAAACGACCCUCCCAACUGGAACAUCCUGCCCAAUCGGCGCGAUCCCGGCGAUGACGGCAGCCGGUGGAAUUACGCCCUGCUGGUCCCCAUGCUGGGCUUGGCCGCCUUCCGGUGGAUCUGGACCAGAGAAUGUCAGAAAGAAAUAGAAAAAGAAAAACAAGAGUACUACAGAAAAGAGUCCACUUUACAAAAAGACCUGGAAGGCAAAUACCGGGAUAUAAUCACAGAGAAUCGUCGUGCUGUUGCUCAUCUGGAGGUGGAGCUGGAAAAGGAACGCAACAGGACCCUGAGUUACCGUGAAGCCCUCGUGUCCCAGAGCCGCAAACUAGUAGAAGAGAGGAAGCUCCUAGAACAGGAGCAGGAGAAGCUGGAGCACGAAAAACAAGUCCUUUUGCACGCUGGAGCAGAAGGUACCUUGUACCAGAGUUGCCUGGCAAAGGAAGAGGAGUGGCAACAGAGAGCCAAUAUUUUACUGAAAGAAUUUGAAGAGGGUCUGAAGGAAAGACAGGACAUCUACUGCAGUCUUAUUGUACCCAGAAGUCAGAGACUAGAAAUAGAGAAAAACCUGCUAGUUAAAGCAGCAACUAAUCCUGUUGCUAUGGAUUUACAUGUGGAGAGUGGCUUAAAAGAUAUUUUCAAACAUGAUAACUACUGUGGCAAUGUGCUGAACAGAACCAGGAGUCAAAAUGGAAAGCUUAUGUGGCUGUAUCUGAGAUACUGGGAACUAGCUGUUGAGCUGCAGAAAUUCAAGAGGGUAGAAAGGGCCAUGUUAGGAAAACGCUAAGUAGGGGAAGCAGUGGGAUUCUGUGUGAUCCACCGUGCAUGGUAGGGACAAUCACAGUUGUAGUCCGAAGCUGUUAAAUUCUUCUGCGGUGUUGCCGUCUCUCCUCCUCCUUGCACUUGUGUUUGCAUGGGACAUGUGCAGUGCUGGUGCCUUUCCUCUCACUAACAACAGAUGCUCUGGUGAGCUGUGCAUGCUCCUGAACUCCGUGAGUGUGUUUGUGUUGCAGUGUAGAGAUACGCCAACUCCCCAGGUAUCGGAAGCAGCAAAGCAGAACUCAGUGUAGAGGGAUUUGUCUCGAUGGUCACACUCCAGCAACAGAGAGUGGUUGGUUGUUUCCCCUAGGUGCGGUAGCACAUGGUGCUCCUUAUCCCAGACAUUUUAAAUGGUCUCUCAACCCUGUCUUUUUUUGUUAUUGUUUGUCUUGGUUUGGAAAGACAGGUGUCUGCUAAGGAAGGCAGGAGCCUCCUUUGAAACGGAGAAUGUAAACAAACACCCUCCCUCCAAAUUAUUACAGUUUUGAAAUUCUGGGGCUCUCAGGCAAAUAUAUGGGAAUAGGUAUAACAGUUCUUUACUAGGAAAAUUAAAAUGGAGUAGUACAAAAAAAGCAAGCAAACAAAAAGAAAAUACUGUCAGUCAGAUUACAACCAAUGCCCUGUUGGUCAGGGUGUUGGUAGCAGUCAAGUUCUGCUAGAGUGACAGAUGUGGUUCUGUUGAAAGCAAUGAUCCUGUAGAAGGUUGUAGUUUUCCUCUGAAGGUCCAGUGAUGGUGAGAUGGGUCCAGUUUUCCUCUGGGUAUCCAGUGGAGACAGGCUCCUCUGCUUUUCUGAAUCUCAGAUUUUUACCCAGGUAGGAAUGCUUGACCCCUCACCUUGGGUGGAGCAUCUCCCAAUAGGGUGAUGUAUCAGUCAUGCAGUGACACUCAAUGACCCAUUAGCAGAAGAUAUCCUCCUGGCGGGAGGAUGCAUCCUGGAAGAGAUAAACAACACUGCCCCACCUGGUUUUAACAGAUGGUAAUAGAAUACGUACCUUGUUACAUCUUGCAUUGCAACCCAAGACACUAUCAUUUUUAAAAAAUUGUUUAAGCAAGACUGGUUUUGAGGCAGACAUUUGGGAGAGAUGGUGUUGGAGGCAGCUGCUUGACACAUAAAUCUUAUGUGUCUGUAUGUACAGUUAUAUAUAUAUAUAUGUGUGUGUGCGAAUGUGUGUAUGUGUUAGUAUUCUGAGGAGGGGAAUAGUUUAAUCCUGUUUCAGAUUAGUCAAUCUUGCAUUGUCUUCCAGCUCAAUAUACAAAGAGUGCUUUAUGAAUGAAACAUCAAAAAAAUGCUAAUUCAGGUAACACAUAAAGAGACUGAUGUCUCAUUGGCACUCGGGAUCCAUUCUCAGAUUCUGGGGAGUGUAUAAACUGGAAGGUUAAUUUUCACAUAUUGGAGAUACCUUAAGAAUAUUUGUUUUUUUCUCAGUCGAGGUUUUAGUUGUAACCCAACAAUGUGCCACCGUUAUGGAUGUCCCCAUGCUGCUGCUUCUGCUCAAGGUCACUGGCUGCCUCCAGGUUUGCUUGCAGGAACCUUCUUCCCAUUGCACCUGGCUCUGCUCCUUACACAGGUCCUGUCUGUUAUUUGCACAUGGGAACCUAAAUGCAGUCUGCACUGGUAGCCACUAGUCCUUCUCCACCUGUUUCCCUUCUCCCAGAACUGAAGUACAUACUCUUUUCUGCAGCUCUGAAAUUAUGUGCUUGUGGUUCACCACUUUAUGUACACACGACCAUGAAAGCCUACAGAUAUACAAGCUUUGCAAACUUUUAAAAAGGGGGCUUUUCAAUUUAGCUAGUAAAAUAAAAUAGAUUUGGUAAAAGUAAAAUAAUAAGUACAGUGAAAUAGUACAGGAAAAUAAACAGAUCCAGAUUAAAAAAUCCAACAACAAAUAAAACUAAAAAGCCAGUGCAUUUCAAUUUCCUAGAACUUUCAGUCCUUUUAGCAGUAGGAACCACCUUUUUUUCAAAUAUGCCAUUUAUCUAAAAUAAAAACAGCUUUUCCCCCUUUCUAAUCCAGCCUUAGACCUCAAAGGGGCGUUGUUUACCCUUUCGUUUAUAACAUCUAGUCUUCUCUGUUACUUGACUUUGAUUCGUGCUGUAGGUUGUCAGUUCAUUAGUUAGCAGUUUAUUAUUUGCUGUGUUGACACACAUUUGCUCUAGGCAAUCAUGUAGAACCAUGGCUUGGAAGCAGUCCAAGCUUAGUGAAUGCUCAUCUUCCUGCAGAUGUGGGGUUUUUCUUUUACUAUCUUUUGCUGGUUUCCUUUUAGUCUGAGCACAGCAGGUAGAUCUUUUGAAACAAUGUGUGCAACUUAACCCAGUUACUAAGCAGAAAUAUCUAAUAUGGAACAAAAUUCCUGAGCAGAAUAGAUGUUUCCCAACUAUUUGGUUUUGCAGUUGAGAUUUUGCUCACCUUGGUAGUACCAAUUAUAGUGUUGUGUUGACUUAUUAAUCCUUUUUUCAUACUGAUUUUUUAAAGUAAAGUUUUAGUAGACAAACUUGGAGGAAGAAAGAAACAUCACAAACAUCAGGAGGGCUACAGUUUGUCUGGGUGCCCAGCGUGUGCGGGUUGGGAGACGAGAACACACUGAGUUGUUGCUCAUGUGUGACACCCUGAGCCAAGCUGCUGCAGCUGGACAUAGGCACACAGUCUAAUUGCCCAGGAGAACAAAUUAGUUUGAAUAGCAGCCUGUGUGUCAUUCCUUUAGGAUGUGGAAAGCACAUCCAGCUGUGGCACACUUCACGUGUUCCUGCAGGCAGUUAAGCUGCUAAGAGCAGACAGUGCCAGUGUAUUUGAGAUUCAUGCCUUAAAUUUAUACAAGAUAGCAUUAAAAGAUCAAAGGUUUUAUGCUUUUUCAUUUUUUCAUAGUUUGUCACUCAUAUCACUCAAAAUGUUUAAAGAAAAUGUAAUCAAGGGUAAAAUCUGGUUUUUUGGUACAAACAUGAGCAUUCAAGCCUUACACACUUGAAUGUACCAGGUUGGAUGGAAUGUAGUAAAGGUUUGGUAUUCACUUUCUCUUUUUUUAGAAGUGUCAUUUAUUUGUACAACUAAUUGAACUAUUGUUCAUGGACACUUUGAAGAUCAUUGUAUCAAGACAGAAGGGUUAUUUCAGGAGGCUUUUUAAAAGUGUAUAGAAGCACUGGUCCCAUUAGUUUCAACCAAAACUCAUGUUUGUGGAUAUGCAAUGUAUUUUUGAAAUGUUCCCCCUUUGUAGGUUGUUAUGCUGAAAAUUCUAAUGUAAGUUUUAUCUUUCCCAGCACUUGUUCUGAAUUGAUUGUUUGGAACUGCCUGCAUACAUAUGUAGAAUGCAAGAAUAAUUUGUUUUCAAAGUACUCAAUGAACUUAUUUUUAUUAUAGAAAUGUCGCUCGGCUG